GUCAGUUACUCCACUUGAGAGGGAGACAUGGCGGCGUCCCUGAUCUGCGGCCGUUUGACGGCUAGCCUGAGAAAUUCAGGGGCCAGAAACACUAUCAGCUCCGCUUCCAAGUACGUGAAGCAGCAGCAGAGGAACCUCUCCCUACACGAGUACAUGAGCAUCGGGUUGCUGAAGGAGGCCGGCAUUGCUGUGCCAGACGGCAUGGUGGCCAACUCCUCGGAGGAGGCCUACUCUGUGGCCAAGCAGAUCGCUUCAAAGGACCUGGUGGUGAAAGCUCAGGUGCUGGCUGGUGGCAGAGGAAAGGGGACAUUUGAGGGCGGACUGAAGGGAGGAGUGAAGAUCGUCUACUCGCCAGAGGAGGCCCGAGACAUUUCAUCCCAGAUGAUUGGUCGAAAGCUUUACACCAAGCAGACCGGGGAGGCAGGUCGUAUCUGCAACCAGGUGUUCAUCUGCGAGCGCAGGUAUCCACGCAGAGAGUACUACUUUGCCAUCACCAUGGAGAGGUCCUUCCAGGGCCCCGUGUUAAUUGGCAGCUCGCAGGGGGGUGUGAACAUCGAAGAUGUUGCGGCCGAAAAUCCAGACGCCAUUGUGAAGGAGCCAAUUGACAUUGUGGAGGGCAUUAAGAUGGAGCAGGCUGUCAAGGUAGCUCAGAAGAUGGGCUUCCCGUCGGCGCUGGUGAACGAGGCGGCGGAGAACAUGAUCAAACUGUACAAUGUGUUCAUCAAGUACGACGCUUCCAUGCUCGAGAUCAACCCCAUGGUGGAGGACGCCUCUGGAAUCGUGAUGUGCAUGGACGCCAAGAUCAACUUCGACUCCAACGCAGAGUACCGGCAGAAAAUGGUGUUCGGCAUGCAGGAUUGGACCCAGGAGGAUCCCCGGGACCGGCAGGCCGCCAAGGCCGACCUCAACUACAUCGGCCUGGACGGAACCAUCGGCUGUCUGGUUAACGGAGCGGGUCUGGCCAUGGCCACCAUGGACAUCAUCAAGCUGCACGGCGGCACACCGGCCAACUUCCUGGAUGUAGGAGGAGGAGCCACAGCUCAUCAGGUGACCGAGGCCUUCAAACUCAUCACCUCUGACAGGAAGGUUCAGGCCAUCCUGGUCAACAUCUUCGGAGGCAUCAUGAGGUGUGACGUCAUUGCCCAGGGCAUCAUCAUAGCUGUAAGCGAACUGGAACUCAAGAUCCCCAUCGUAGUGCGGUUACAAGGGACGAGAGUGGACGAUGCCAAAGCUCUGAUCGCUGCUAGUCCGCUGAAAAUCCUGGCCUGUGAUGACCUGGACGAGGCUGCCAAAAUGGUUGUAAAGCUUUCUGAAAUCGUCUCACUGGCCAAGGAAGCUCAAGUGGACAUCACCUUCCAGCUGCCCAUCUAAGAAAGAAACCUUGACCUACAUGACUUCCUCACCCAAACACUUCCAUCACACCCGCCCGCCACUCCACCCCAAUAAACCGACAGCAAGACGAGCCUCUCGCACCAGAGAGGAGAUCUAAGAUGCGUAGUUUUCUUUUUCUUAUGCUGCGGCAUGAUGGCAUGACUCUGUACAGGUGUCCAACAGGUUUCACUUAGAGAGGAAGAGAGCAGCCUCCUUCUUAGUCCCACCCUCAACCCCUCCACGUUUCCUCUAACCUACAAACUUAAGUUGCACUUAAUUCGAUACGCACAAACCUCCACUUUCAACUCCUUCACACAAAAUGAACCGUUCUUGUUGGGUAAUGUUUCUUCGCCCGUUAUUAUCUUUUUAGAAGAAUAAAAGUAGAGCAGCUGAAGCCUUUUCAUGCAUGAGUAAGCUGCGUUCACCGGCAGUAUUUAGUGUUUUCAGUUCAGGUCAAAUGAAGAGACUGCUGAUUGUUGUUACAUUAAGUUUGACUGAAAAGGCAUCAGAACAAGGGUUGUAAUCACACUACUUUCAUUUUCAGUGUGUUGUCUCAAAGAAUAAAAAUCUAAUUUGUCCCCUCUGUCCAGAACGUAGAAGUAUUUCAUCAAACGCAUAACUCUGACAAAAAGACUGAGCUGUCAGAGUCGAAUACAAUGAACAACACCGCAGCAUUGAUUUAAUAAUAGUGUUCAGAAACAAAAGUUGCGUCAGAGAAUGAGCUGUUUUCCCCCUGAAAACGCCGCCACGUUAUUGUGUUUCCUCCUAUAGACGGAAGUGUUCAGCAGCCGUUUUUUUACUGGUCAAAUAGCACACGCUUCCUUAAAAAAGAAAAGCGUCUGGAGAAAUGUGUCAAAAACUCGGUUCACCAAAAACGUGAUAUAAUUUACCUCAAGUUUUUUCUGUCAACGCAGAUGGUUUUUCGAUUAAUUUGUCCAGAUUUUGAAAUUCCAAAUAAAUAUCAGCAGGUCGAGACAGAAAUCCCACAGCCUGGUCAAAUUAUGUUGCUCUCAUGCUUGUUUGGUUAUUUGGUUAGUAAUGAUUAAUUAAUAAAAUAAAAACACUAUGGAGGAACUUUCUCAUGAGACUUUUUAUCAGCUGUAAUUUGAAUUAAAUCACCAAAAGACAAAAUGUAACUCCCAACUCGGUCGCUGAGUCUUUGAAUUUGAGGGUGUUUAUACAUUUCAAUGCUAAAACGCAACUCGAUGCGAAAACUGGAGUCAAGAGUUGACACAAAUAUUAAGUUUUGAGUGUUGGUUCAGCCUGACAACAGCAAACCUCCUGAUGGAUAAAGACUGCAGGGUCAGCGUGGCUCACACUGUUUACCCUCCGCUUUGAACGGGCCAAAUUUGUCAAUCUGAGUUGUGACACCUGUGGGUCGGGCCUAUUGAUCCAUGCACGGAUCUGUGGCGAGUAUUGAGUGGACUUUCUGCUCCGCCUCGGCUGUGGUGAAGCUUCUUGUGUGGUCGUGUAGGAACAGAGGUGAUGCGUCUCUGAUGUAUUAUUAUUUGAAACCAGUCAAAUUAAUUAUUCAGUGUUCCUGUUGUGGACAUGAACUUUCUCAAAAGUUUGAGUUGCGCGAACGUUGAAGCAGCGCGGUGUGAGUCCACUUUGUCUCUCGCUCCAUUAAAUAAGGAAACCCACACUCGUCUCUCACCGCCAUCGCAGAAUUGGAGAUGUGUUGUCCCCCGUCCUGCGUAAGUGGCGCAUGCGUUAUCAUGUUAGCUAAUGAGGGCGAACUGGCUGUCUGAGGUGCAGGCGGAUGCUUGUGAGUCGCAUCUGUUUCUCCAUUUGUAGUUUAACCAGAAAAGCUUGGUGAGCAGCCGUUGUAGAAGGCCCUCUUUUUAAAGAACUGCUGCAGGGUUUUCGGUUUUUUUUUUCUUUUUGCCUGACUAAAGUUACAAGAAAUGCUGGAGAUCUGUGUUCAUGCUUAUUUAUUGUGUCCUACUGAGUCCCGUUCGUUGAACAGGGACCUCCACUGUAAGUUCAGUCUGCCAUCAUGCCACACACACCGGUAGCCAUUUUCUCUCUUUCUUUGUUUCUGUAUGUAAUAUUGAACCUUUGGCCGGCUGUGACCUCUCACAAGAACGGUAGAAUGACUGUAGUGGUUUCUUUCCCCUCCUCCUCCUCCUGUGCUAAGCAACAUUGUGAGUUGUACGUCAAUUGUUAUAUCUUGUAAAUAACCAAACUGAUGUUUUCUCACUGUACAAUAUUUAUGCUCCUUCCAAGGGGUAACUACAAAGGAAGAAAACAAAUAAAUACGGAGAACACCAA